CUUUGAAGUUGGACUCUGUCCAAACUCCGAACACAAGGUAAAGAGGAGACCCCUAUGAAGUUGAGAGAGAGAGUCAACUUUUUGAAAUCCAACCGCUCCAAACUCUUUAUUAAUUCCUCUUCUUCACCAAAUCCAAUAAAUUUAAAAUCCCAUCUUCUUUUUCCGCCAUUGUUCAUUACCCAAAUCAUAGUUUUUUUCAGAAAAGGAAGGGAAAAAAAAGGAGGGAUUAUUCCUCUGUUUUGACUGUUUAGCAAUAUCUUGAGAAAUUGAGUUUAAUUUGUUUCCAAUUGCCAAAACCCCAUCUGGGUUUUCCCGUUUCGAGGGAAUUCAAUUAUGGGGAUUCAGAAAGAUAGGGUGAGAUUCAAUGUUGGGGGUAGAUUGUUCGAAACAACCGCUACAACUCUUGCGAAUGCUGGCCGGAAUUCUUUAUUUGGGGCCCUUUUUGAUGAUAAUUGGGAUUUACAAUCCCUUAAUUCCGAUGAAUUCUUCAUUGAUCGGAACCCUGAUUGCUUCGCCGUGCUACUUGAUCUCUUACGCACCGGAGAGCUCUAUAUCCCGGCUAACAUGCCGGAGAAACUCCUCUAUCGGGAGGCUCUUUUCUACGGUCUGCAGGACCAUUUCCGCUCUGCCAAAUGGGGUCAAUUCGACGGCAAUAGAUUGAAGCUUUCCCAUUCUGCAACCGGCCAAGCCCCAGGAGACGGAACUGCCAUCCGAGCCGGUCCCGAUGGUGGUUGCUGCAUUGCUCAUGGCUCUAUGGUUCAUGUCUAUGAUUGGAUGCUCGACGAACACCCUCCAAUCAAUCUUGAUUAUCAGCGAGUCAACGACGUGGGGUGGAUCAAUGCUGAGAAUAUCAUGAUCAGCGUUUGUGAGCGAUUAGGCCGCGGCGACGGUGGAAUGGGGAUGUUCUGCAAGUCAACUGGCGAGCUUCGGCAUAAGUUUCAAGUCAGUCAUGACAAUCAGGUAAAGAGUUGUACAGCCGGAGCUUUGAGUUUCAGUUCUGAUUAUAAAAUCUUCUCUAGUUGUAAAGGUAGAAGCAAUGAGUAUGGGAUUGGUGUUUGGGAUCAAAUGACAGGAAAACAAACAGAUUUUUUCUAUGAACCUGCAGGUUGGUCACUUGGGGAUGCUGAUAAACUCCAAUGGUUGAAUGGAACGAAUUGCUUAUUGGUUGCAACUCUAUUUCCUAGAAAGGACAAUUGCUACAUUAGCCUAUUGGAUUUUAGGGAGAAGAAAAUGGUAUGGUCUUGGUCUGAUAUUGGAGCUCCAUUGACGGUAGAUGAAAAGAGAGUAAGAGAUGCCAUAGCCAUGGAGGAAAACAAUGCUAUAUGUGUAGUGAAUGAGUAUGAAGAUUUGGGAUUUUUGGAUUUGAGAAGCAGCGGUGGAGGAAGCAUAAGAUGGAGCUCAAGAAGUAAGCUAAUGAAGGGAAAAAUGCCAGAAGAGCCAUGCUACCCCAAGUUAGCAUUACAUGAAGGGCAGCUUUUCUCAUCCAUGAAUGAUUCUAUAUCAGUGUUGUGCGGACCUGACUGGGUUUUGACGUCUAGGCUUCGGCGAAGCGUUGGUGGUUCAAUCUGCGACUUCUCCAUUGGUGGGGAUCGCCUUUUCGCACUCCAUAGCGAGGAAAAUGUUUUCGAUAUAUGGGAGACACCACCUGCUCCUAUAAUUUCAUCAUUCAGUUAAUGCUUUGCUUCUUUCUGAUAAAAAAAAUUGAUUCGCCUUUUGUUGGCUGUUAGAUUUGUAAGAUAGAUUAGUUGAAGAAAAAUGAAGAUGUAUAUAGCAGGACGUCUAAAUCCCAGAUCUUGGCUAACAAAACAAAACAAAACAGUGCGAGAGAUUGAAAUUUAGGUGCCAUUGCCAUUAUUUGGAGGAAGAUUUAGAGCAGAAAGUUUGUAUGGGGUUUCCCACUACAACAGUAUUAGGUAAUCUCAAUAUUUCUUUUCAUCUUUUUUCA